GUCAAUAGAGCGAAAUCACCUCUUCGACACUUAGGUACCCAAACGGUCCUGCCAACUAUCAAACAUGUCAAACCAAACUCCAGAAGCUCAAGCUGCGGCAGCCGCACAUCUCAAGCUCAUCGAGCAGCUUGACAUCCAUUCCGUCCACAAGUCAUUUCGUAACACCCAUUGGCGACCAAACCAGCGCCGCAACAAAAACAUCAAGACCAUACUCGGCGACGCGCAACGAAAGGAGGCCAGUUCCAUUCUUGCUACACCCCAAGAUGCCAGCGGCGCCGCCACGCCCGCCCCGGUUGGCGACGACAGUCUUUCCACCAGCGGAACCUCGACACCAGUCGUACCUUCAGCCAACGGUGCGAACGCGAAUGGCACAACAGCCAAUCUGGCACAGGCAUCUAGGAGCUUGUCUAAGCUGGUGCUAGAAAAGAGCCUUAACGUGCCAGCAAAGGGAUCGAACGGGCUGGCCGCGAGUCUGUCCUCGGCACCGGUUGCGACGUAUACCAACAUUGAAAGCGCACCGAGUCUCGCGCCGAUGAAGCGCUACUGUGAUAUUACUGGGCUGUCGGCACCGUACAUUGAUCCUAAGACCAGGUUGCGAUAUCAUAACGCGGAGGUGUUUGCUAUGAUCCGAAGUCUACCGCAGGGCGUGGGAGAGCAGUUCUUGGAGGCCAGAGGUGCUCACACCGUGCUCAAAUAGUGACUACCUAGGGAGCGCAUUCUUGGACCUGGGCUGGCUGCCUUGUCAUUUGGCGCUUGUUGGCCAUGGUGUGGGCAUCUCGCACGCGCUACGUCCGGGUCGGAGGGACAUUGAAGCAUCUACAAACUUGGAUGGGAUAUUACAAGGAGGCGUUGAACAGGACUCGGUUUCCAAGGCGUUAAGGGACAAGAAGGACCGAUUGCAAGGCGUUUUCAUUUUAAACAGAACAAGGAAGGGAGCAUUGUUGAUGUGAUGUUAUUACUAUUCUCACAAAGAAUUAAUCUAAUCGCAGAAGAAUGUGCGACCAACAAAGUCAAGUCCCAACUACGUACUCGCUGUCUUUCAACAGCAAGAUACAAUCGACACUCCGGCUUAAUCGUGAUCAUUUGCUCUUUGCCCAAAAGCUCGAAAGCUAACCGACAGACCACCGAGAACGAACGGGAGAGAAAUCGAACUCAGAUUGCUCUAGCAAGAAGCUAGAGCCG